AUGGCUCGUUGUGGUUGGCUUGACAGUGGUAUACCGACCACGGACUCUGCCUCACACGAGCUUGUGCAAGCGAUCAUUUAUGCCGAUGGAUCCGCCAAUCCAGGUAUCGAACUGGCAACUUUGGUGCUGGCCUUGCUCAGUAUAGCUGUGAUGCUCUGUAUGCCGCUGCGCGACCCCAGUACGCCGAGUAGAGACAUCAGCCAACCCUUCUCCGAAGCUACGUCUUCGCUUCGAAGCCCGGAGGAUGAUCUCAGUCUAUGGCAAUUCAUGACAGUGUCUUGGAUGACACCCUUGAUUCGUACUGGAUCUAAGAGGCAACUCCAGGACGAAGACGUGUGGCAACUGGGACACGAGUUCCAGCACCGGAGCUUGCACGACAACUUCCGACAGCUCAAAGGCACUGUCAUACAGCGACUACUUCGUGCCAACUACAUCGAUCUCUUCAUCUUAACCUUUCUUGGUCUCGUGGAGCUAUGCGCCAAUUACGCCAUUCCGGUGCUGCUGCAGAAACUGCUGAGUUCCAUGGAAGAUCCGAUGGCGCCGAGGAGAGCAGCUAUUGUGUAUGCGGCGCUCUCCUUGGCUGUACGACUUAUCUCAUGUCAGUCUGGUGUCUUCAGUCUCUGGUUCGGCCGAAGAUGCUACGAGAGAUCCAGGGGUGAGAUGAUCACUAUGCUGUACGAGAAGACGCUGGGUCGAAAGAUUGCAUUCAAACAAGAAGAGAAGAAGGAAAAUGCUCUGAACGGCCAUGCUGUCAGUGGUGACAACGGUGCAGCACCCGAGCUUGAUCCACCGAGUAAGAAGCAGCCGACCUUCUGGCAGAGGUCAACUCAGAAGCUGUCGACACUCUUCACGAAAGCAAAGAGCCCAAAGCAUGUCAAGGAGCCGGCAUCUAUGGGCAAGAUCUUGAACCUGAUGCGGAACGAUGUGUAUGAGGUUGCCCAGCGCUUCUGGGAGUUUCAGCAACUCAUCACAAAGCCAUUGAGCUGUGUCUUCUCUAUUGCACUGGUAGUCAACUUUCUCGGAUGGUCUUCUCUACUAGCUGUUCUGGUUCUGGUUUUCUGCCAAGUCAUCAAUGCUGUGCUUGCGCGAAUCAUGAUCCAUUACGAGAAGAAACGCCGAGCAGCGACUGAUAAGAAGUUGGCUGUAAUUACACAAUUUGUCGAAGCAAUCCGCCACCUGAGAUGGUACGGGUGGCAAGGCAAGUGGCUGGAGCAAAUUAUGGACGCACGGCAGACAGAGCUGAAUAUCAAGGUCAUCACAAAUCUCUGGAACUUGGCCAUCUCGUUUGUCAACACACUGGGUCUUGAUCUCACGCCGGUGGUCGCUUUUGCUGCGUACACGCUUAUCGCCAAGAAGCCGCUGAGAGUUGACGUAGCAUUUCCGGCCAUGCAGCUUUUCCAGAUGAUGACCUCUGCUCUCCGUGAUCUGCCAAACUUGAUCAUCGUCAUCAUUAAUGCUUGGGUGGCCGUAGACCGUAUCGAGGACUUCAUGGCGGAGCCGAACAAGCAGGAAAUGAGCACCGAAGCUUUGAUCGGCGACAGCAUGGCGAUUGAGCACGGCACUUUCAGCUGGCCUGGAGUUGACACGUCCGUUCUGGAGGACGUCAAUGUUUCCUUUCCACCAGGUCUAAGCGUGGUCAUCGGUGAAGUGGCAUCGGGAAAGACUGCACUUUUGCAAGCUCUGCUCGGUGAACUGGACAUGCAUAAGGGAGGACUCAUGAGACCUCAAGAUCCCGUGGCUUAUUGCGCUCAGACACCCUGGUUACAGAGUAUGAGCAUUCGUGAGAACAUCCUGUUUUCUUCGCCUUACGACGAGUGGCGCUAUAAAGACGUCCUCGAUGCAUGUGCACUGACACCAGAUCUAGCCGAGUUCAAGGCUGGUGAUUUGUCGCUCAUUGGAGAGAACGGCAUUGGCUUGUCUGGUGGUCAGCGAGCACGAGUUGCACUUGCUCGAGCAGUCUACAGUCGCAACAAUAUACUCCUUCUGGAUGAUCCACUAUCCGCGCUGGAUCAACAGACUGCAGAGGCAAUUGUACAGAGGUGCUUGGCUGGUCCGCUGAUGAAGGGCCGGACCACAGUGCUGGUGACGCAUCGAACCGAUCUUGUGCUUUCUAUGGCCACACAAGUUAUAAAGAUAGAGCAUGGUACUGCUACCAUACUCGACCACGAAGCAGCCCACAACGACAGCCUUCAGCGAAUUAUGUCAAGCAAGUCUGGAGACGAGGCUGACGAGGAAACUCGGGAGAAGCAGAAUGCUGCUGCCGUGCCGGACAAGUUCAUCGAAGAUGAGCAUCGUGCUCAUGGGGGUGUCAAGGCCAAGGUGUACUGGGAGUAUAUCAAAGCUGGCAAGAUAGCCUGUUGGAUAUUGCUGGUCUUCGUGCUUGCACUCUAUCGGCUUGUCUCUGUCGCUGAGAUCUGGUUCAUCAAGGCAUGGGGCGAGGCAUACGACAGACAGCCCAGUCUCGAGCUACAGAAAGCUAACGGCACUAUAUCUCCAUCCGGUUUAUUUGACAGCCUACCGCCACCACAAGAGAACAUAAGACCAUGGCUCAUAGUCUUCGCCUUACUGGCACCAGGCGAAUCAGUACUCUUCGUCCUGAGCCAAGGCAUCAUGAUCGUGAUCGUUUAUGUCGCAGCUCGUCGCAUGUUCCGGGAGGUCAUGACCAAGGUGGCGAACGCUACCUUCCGCUACUACGACAUCACCCCAGUCGGUAGGCUCAUGAACCGCAUGACUAGCGACAUUGGUGUCAUUGACGGCAACAUCAGCCAGCGGUUCCAAGGAGUGGCAUGGCUGGGCAUAUCCUGGAUCUCCUCUGUCAUUGUCAUUGCCUCUGUGACUCCGACCUUUCUGGCCUUCGCUAUUGUGCUAACGAUUCUGUUCUUGCUCAUCUUCAUGCGCUUCCUGCCAACGUCACAGAGCUUACGAAGACUGGAAAUGGUCUCGCUGACCCCACUCAUGUCCAACUUUGGCGCUUUACUCAAUGGACUCACGACGGUGCGUGCGUUCCAUGCCCAGAGCCGAUUCCAGGACCGUGUAAUAAAGGUAGUGGACACCUUCCAGAAAAUGGAUCAUUUUUACUGGAGUUUGCAGACGUGGCUGAUGUACCGCUACGAUGCCCUCUCAGCGAUAUCGACCUUUGUCCUGACACUGCUGGCACUGGUCACGAAUGUCUCUCCUGGUCUGACGGCCUUUGUGCUGGUAGCUGCGAAUAAGUUCGUGCUGUCAACCCACUACUUGUGCAAAUCGUACGGCGCACUACAGAUGGAGUUUGUCUCGGUCGAGCGGGUGGUGGAACUAUUGCACCUGGAUCAGGAGCCGGAAGGGGAGGUAUCGCCUCCAGCCUGGUGGCCCUCCUUCUCUGGUGAUAUUAUGUUCGAGAAAGUGACGAUCAAGUACGCCCCGCACCUCGACCCGGCGCUCAAUGGGAUCUCGUUCACAGUCAAAGGUGGCUCGAAGACUGCAGUCAUUGGUCGCACAGGGUCUGGCAAGAGUACUCUCGCAUUAGCACUCCUCGCCACGAUCCUGCCAGAGAGUGGUUCAAUCACGAUCGACAAUAUUGAUCUAGUUGAAGUGGACAAGCAGCUGUUGCGCACCCGUGUAACAUUUCUUGCGCAAGAUCCUGUGCUGUUCCCUGGUUCCAUACGUGAAAAUCUGGAUCCUGUCAGCGAGCACUCAAUCGAAGCUUGCGAGCUUGUGCUUCGUCGGGUGUGCGAUCGUCAAGGUUGGGAUCUAGAGACGAAAAUUGAAGCUGGAGGGCGCAACCUUAGCCAAGGCCAAAGACAAUUGGUCGGGUUGGCUCGAGCGGUGCUGCGUCGAAGUGCGAUUAUCAUCCUAGAUGAGGCAACCGCGUCUAUUGAUCGAGAGACGGCUAUGCAAAUUCAGCAGGUCAUGCAUGAGGAGAUGAAAGAAAGCACUGUCAUCACGAUUGCUCAUCGGCUGGAGGCUGUGCGUAACGCGGACUACUGUAUUGUGCUUGGGAAGGGGAAGAUUCUUGAGCAAGGCCCAGCGCAUGAAAUGUUAGGGAGGCACUCUCAGGAUAUGACGGAACGUGACGAUGAAUGA